CUUAAAUUCAAAUUAUUUCCUUUUUUUUUUUUUCAAGAAAAAAAAAAGGGAUUUUAUUUAUUUAUUUUAAGUUACUUUAUUGGCUGAAUUUAGACCUUUAAGUCAUAUCAUAAUUGAGAAUGCCAGUGGAAAAACAUGUUGUGAAUGAAACUUGUCACCGCCAACAUAAGCUAUGCUGACUAAGAAGAUCUUAUCUGGAAAGCAAAAAGAGCUUCAAAUUCUGCCAUUUUUAGUCUGACUUUUAAUGAUAGAAUUGAAAGCAAAUUGUAUAGUUUAUUUUUUCCUCUCUGAUAAAGCUUUUUUAGUGGUGGAUUUUGGAUAUGCUUUUAACCAGAUACGUCCAUAAGAGAGUGUGCCAAAUUUCACAGUGGUUUGGAGAAAGGAGGUUGGUGGAAGAGAAUCAAAAAAUAAUUGAACAUUAAACUCAGCAGAGAGACAGAGAGAGAAGGAAGAAAAAAAAAAAAAAGAAAAAAAAAAAAUAAGAGAGAGAUGUCUCUGCAGGGAAUUGGUGAAGCCAUGGAAGAUGAAAAGGAAGAAAACAUGGCCGCUUGGCUUCUUGGUAUCGAGACCCUCAAAAUUCAACCUUUUGUUCUUCCUCCUCUUGGAAUUGCUAUAAUCUUAAUCAGACAAUGAGAUGUGCAAAUUUCAUAGUGAAAAAGCCAAUGGUAAUAGGACAUGAGUGUGCUGGGGUGAUUGAAGAAGUAGGCAGCGAGGUCAAGUCUCUAAAGGUGGGUGAUCGUGUAGCAUUGGAGCCCGGAAUUAGUUGCCGGCAAUGCAAUCUCUGCAAGGAAGGUCGUUACAAUCUCUGUCCCAAAAUGAAGUUUUUUGGUUCUCCUCCUACUAAUGGUUCUCUUGCCAACAAGGUGGUGCAUCCUGCAUAUCUAUGUUUUAAACUACCAGACAAUGUAAGCUUGGAGGAAGGGGCAAUGUGUGAACCCCUCAGUGUUGGUGUCCAUGCUUGUCGCCGUGCAAAUGUAAGUCCUGACACCAAUGUAUUGAUCAUGGGAGCUGGGCCGAUAGGCCUUAUUACUCUUCUUGCUGCUCGUGCCUUUGGAGCUCCUAGAAUCGUCAUAGUUGAUGUUGAUGAUUGCCGAUUAUCUAUUGCGAAGACCCUUGGUGCAGAUAAGACUGUUAAAGUUUCAACAAGUACUGAGGAUAUAGGUAAAGAAAUGGUACAGAUACAGGAUGCAAUGGGUUCUGGAAUCGAUGUGAGCUUUGAUUGUGUUGGUCUAAACAAAACCAUGUCGACGGCUUUGAUUGCAACUCGUUCAGGUGGGAAAGUUUGCCUCAUUGGACUAGCUCAAAGUGAGAUGACUGCCCCUCUCACCCCUGCUGCUGCAAGAGAGGUCGAUGUAAUUGGCAUAUUCCGGUAUAGGAACACAUGGCCGCUCUGCAUUGAGAUGCUAAAGACCGGUAAGAUCGAUGUCAAGCCAUUAAUAACUCAUAGAUUCGGGUUCUCACAGAAAGAGGUAGAAGAAGCCUUUGCAACUAGUGCUAAAGGUGGCAAUGCCAUUAAGAUUAUGUUUAAUCUAUGAACAGACAACACAAUGAUCUAAGAGGAUCCAUCUAUUCAAAUGUAUUGUUUCUGUUUGUAUAACUUCCAUUCUCCAUAUUUGUAAACUUUAUUUCAGCUAAAAAUAAAUUGACAAAUAAGAUUUUUUA